AUGGCACCGAUUCCAACCUACGUACCACCUCCUGGUCUAAGAACCAAACUAGACGAUUUCCGAGAAUAUCUAAACGACAAGUACGGUCAACAGCUAACUACCUAUGCCGACCUACAUGCAUUUUCCACAAAUCGACUCAACGACUUCUGGUUAUCGCUUUGGAACUUCGCAGGUAUCAAAGAGUCAGCACAUCCAGCCAAGGCUAUAGAUGAUAAUGCGGUCAUCGACCGAUUUCCAUCCUUCUUUGAAGGCGCCAGAUUGAACUUCAGCGAGAACAUACUAGCAGGAAAGGCUGACGGAGUGGCCGUCAUCGACAUGAACGAAAGCAACAUUUCCCAGCCGGAGCGAUACUCAUGGCAGGAUUUGCGGGAAUUGACGCGACAAUAUUCCGAUGCAUUAAAGUCGUCUGGCCUCAAGAAGGGAGAAGUUGUCGCACUUGUCGGAUCAAAUUGCAUACGUUCGCUUGCCUUGUUGCUGGCAACAGCUGCCGUAGGAGGCAUAUUCAGCUCUUUCGCAACUGACAUGGGGGAAAAGGCCCUUGACGAUCGACUUCAGUUACUAAAGCCGCGUUUGCUGAUUGCAGAGUCUAUAUACUCUUACAAGGGGAAAAGGCACGAUAUCUCUUACAAACUCGACUCAUCGAUCAAAAAACUUCAGCAGAUCAACGAGUGUGAGGCGAUCAUAAUCGGCCCAGGACAGAACCUUGCAUCAAAAUGGUCCUCCUUCGACAGCUUCCUUAAACGAGCAAUUGGCAGAAAGUUGAAAUUCAAGCAAGUCUCUUUCAACACACCAUUUGUGGUGAUGUUCUCUUCAGGAACCACAGGCACUCCAAAAGGUAUAGUUCAUUCACAUGGAGGACUGGUCAUAAACGGCGUAAAAGAGUAUCUUCUCCAUAACAACCUCGGACCAGACGAUUUGCAUUAUCAGUAUACUAACAUCGGAUGGACUCUGUGGAAUAUAUCAAUCGGUGCUCUGUUCGUUGGCGCCAGCUUGAUUCUUUAUGAUGGUAGUCCAUUCUACCCAAGUGCGGAGAAAUUUCUGGAGGUCCUUUUCAGGAAUAGGAUCACUUCGUUUGGUGCUGGGCCACGGUAUUAUUCGGAGUUACAGAAACUGAAGGUCCAACCAAAAAAAUACUGUCACCACCUUCACUCCAUAAUAUCCACAGGCGCCGUUCUGACACCUCCUCUCGCGGAAUGGCUCGCGAAUGCUUUCGGUCCUGUUUGUCAGAUCUCCAUGUCUGGAGGUACCGAGCUCUGUGGCGCCUUUCUACACGGUACUCGCUCGUUACCCUCAUAUCCUGGAGAGAUGGCGGUCAAGGCUCUCGGCAUGGAUGUUGUCGUUUUCUCUGCUGAUGGGAAGCCGCUCCAAGACGGAGAGAGCGGCGAGCUCGUCUGCCGAAAACCAUUUCCGAAUAUGCCUGCCAAGUUCUGGAAUGAUCAUGAGCGCAAGCGAUACUACAACUCAUAUUUUGCUACUUUCCCCCAUGUGUGGACACACGGAGACUUCAUUCAAGUCAAUCGAGAGACGAAAGGUAUUUACGUUCUUGGCAGAAGCGACGGAGUGCUCAAUCCAUCAGGUGUGCGAUUUGGCAGUUCCGAGAUUUACAACAUCCUUGCGACACCGAAGCUCAACGGCCUUAUCACGGAUGCCAUCGUGGUCGGUCAACAACGUGUCGAACCCCCAUUUGUUGACGCAGCGGAACGGGUCGUGCUCUUCAUCAAGUGCACUCCACAUGCCAGCACGGGAACGUGGCAUCCGCGAACAGAGGUAAAAUCCGCGAUAUGUGAGCAGAUCGUCGCCAACUUAAGUCGGAGACAUGUCCCCGCUUUCAUCUUCGAGACUGCGGAAGUGCCGUACAACGCUAAUGGGAAGAAGCUGGAGAUCCAGGUCAAGGCGGUGCUGUGUAGGGGUAAACAAGCACUCUCAAGGUUGAAGCUGACUCAGGAGGAGUUGAGGCAAAUCAAGUGGUUUGAAAGGUUCUAUGAGAUUGAAAAGAUGGCUAAAGAGAUGGAGACAGGCGGUCCGCAUUUAUGA